AUGGAGCAUGAUCUAAGGUCCUUCAAGUCUGUUAACAUCGGCUUGACUUGCCUGGAAACUGGCAGCUCGAGAUUUACAAGAGAUGGGAUCUAUCGUCCUCCGCCGGUGGCAUUCUGGAGGAACAACCUGACCGCUCUCUCGCAGCGCUACAAUCUUUAUUUCGUUGCUCUUCGAGAUGCCUUUGCCGUCUACAGACCCGAGUUUCCCUUCCAGAGACUGCACUGGCUUCCAUCACUAGUGAUUCCGCCUGAACUUGCAAACCCUUCUGCCCAAGGCUACAUUGAUCCCCACCAUCCACAUAACAUAAACCACAUCAUGGUGGAUGACUUGGGCUCUGAAGAAAUUCUGCUUCUAUCGACAGACUCUGGAAACUUGACCGCCUAUUUCACCAAGGCCAUUGACGAAGCGAUUCGCAAGGAUCCUUAUCGAUUCAGUACAAACGCUCGAAGUGACUGUGUAGGAGUGCGUGCGUUCUUCACACAAUGGGUGUACGAAUCGGCUUGGGGGCUUUCCAUCCAUUCAAAAGCCCGUAUGAUUGCAGUUUCUGCUAACACGCCUAAUCAUGUUCCCAGCGAUGAUCCUUGCUCAAAGAUUACAGUCUUUGCUUUUGCCUUGACGGAGCAUGGCAGUGGGUACCCCAUUUUGCAAAUCGACGCCCACGCAAACAGUCAAUUGGACGUUUCCGACCUGGGACUGCAGCAAGACUGGGAGGAAUGGGAUUGCAGACGGCCAGACUCUGGUCCUCCACCUCGCAACAGAAACUACAAAAUCACACUUGGUGGCCUUGAAGGUCACAAUGACAACGUCCCAAGCAUCUCGUUUGUGAAUACCGAUGACGACCCUGACGGUCGAUGGCUCUUGAGCACCGAUAUCCGUGGAGAAAUGAAGAUGUGGCAGAUCUGGCGAGGACUUUGCCUCAGGACAUGGAGUUUCGCCGAGAAGAGAAUGCGCGGAGGGUUUCAAAGUAGACGAGAAGGGGGUUGGAUCGUUGCCGCUUUGGAUUCUAGAGCUUUCCGCUCUGCCUGGACCAUGGAACAAUUCUGUGGUCAUACAAAGGCUCCUCAAUACUACGGUCACGUUGGUGAGAGCUAUGAUCUGACCAAUAUUGUACGCCUGCGCACCCCUGGGAUUAGUCUUGCGCAUCCCCACGCUCAAGGGUUCUCACCCGCAGACGCACCUGUAGAAGAGGAAGAAGUACAAGAGCAAACCUAUGACGGCUGGUCCGAUCUAGAUGAUUCCGGUGACGAGCAAGCCAAUGCAAACUCUGGUCCGAUCGCCCAGGAUGUAUUGGGAGCAGGGCAUCCUAUGCCUCCUACGGUGUCCAUCUCGCCUCUGUUGCCCCAGGAGUCCGAAGCGACAGAGAGCGGGAUUCUCAACAAUCUGGACAUAGAUGUGGAUGUGCAGGCGAGCGAUGCAGAUGGUUCAGAAGAGCUGUCGGAGCACGACGCUGAUUCUGGAAUGCUGCUUCUGUUUGAUCAUGAACAAUACGAUGAUGAUGUCGAAGAUGACGAAAUGCAGUAUGGCUCUAGCUCUGAAGAUCAAGAAGAACAGUCUUACUCCAGCAGCCGUCGCAGCACACCGUCUCUCUCCAGCCUUGCGCAACGAAACAGCGAAGCAUUAGAGCAACAACCUGGGGAUACAGACACAGACUCUUCCUCAUUCAUGGAGCACCAUCACCUAGCAGCAACUGCCAUUCAAGGGGCUAAAUCUACCUCCCGACAGACUCGAGGCAUUGCAACACGCAAAGACAUCCUGCAAAUCCCAACUCUGCAUUGUACUGCCUCGCAUCUCAGGCUUCUCAUGGCACCGCAAGCCUCUUCGCCCCAUGUAUUCUGUGCCAAUAUUUUGAAGCAAGCGUUGCCCGAAUACAUUGAGAUGACGAAUCAUGUGCACCUUGACAGGAUCAACAUGGUUCAGCAGAUUCCUGAGUUGGGCAUUGUCAUUGUGGCUACGCAAAUCGGCCGUUGUGCCAUAUGUACGACUACCAGAAACGAGAAAACAGGCACUCUGGGCUUGCGUGUCGACUGGGUCUUGCCAACGACCAAACAAGAGGCUAGACACCUCCGCCCUGCUAUGCCGCUGCUAGGCAUUGCUGCAUCUCCUAUCCAAGGUCGAUUUCGUGGUGAGGAACAUAAGAGUAGGCCAGCCGUCGAAAUGUCGGUCGAAUGGGGCAAAGAUGCUGUGGUCGAUGGUGUGACAACAACAUUCGAUCCUGAGAGUGCGGCCGUGGUGGAGGAUGGGGUUGAAGAAGUCACUUGUCCUAUCAGCGCUCGAGAGCAGGGCAAACAUGGUAAAAUGCCCGAGUGCCCUACGAGAUUUGACCCAUCAACGUCGAAUCACACGCCGCAACACGCUGCGUGGACAAAGCCUGAAGCCAUCGAGCCCUGGAUGUCCACCGAAAGCAGUCGCAGAUACAGGCUAAUGCUGACCUACCUGGAUAUGUCUGUCCUGACAUAUGAGAUCUCCCGGGGAGUGGAGCGAGAAGAUUUACUCCUGCGUGAAACUUCAACCCUCGAGGACAUUGAUUGA